AUGCCUCCAGCUGUCCAACCAGACUUGCCACCCAGGAUGCGCGAAGUGCGAAUGAUUCUCAUCGACCAAGUCCCUGGCACGACUAUGGAGUCCCUGAUAACCAAGGGCUGCGUCAAGAACUUUGAAUCCAGCCUUAGAGUGGAGAUUCUUGGCAAAGCCAUGGAGAAAUACACCUGGCUUACGCUCUAUGGGGUGUUCCAACAUAACCUUGCGCCGCGCAAUAUCAUGAUUAGCAAGGACCUAUUACAAGUUACUCUCAUUGACCCCAGCCAUGCCCACGUCCUCGGCCUGCCAAACUCGGUCGGUCCCCUGCGCACAGACCGGGAACGUCCCCUCAACCCGAUUGACCUCUUCAACGGCGCUUGGGACAACGAGUGGCUGCCCUGGAUCCCCGAGGAAUACCGAUCGUAUGAGGCUUUUAGAGAGUGGAUGCAGACGCGCUGGGGGGACUCGAAGGAGUUUGAACCACCGUAUCCUUAG